GACAUUUUGUGGCCAUCUAUAAAAGAGGUGAGAGAGAGAGAGAGAGAGAGAGAGACAUAGAAUAGAGAAAGAAUGAGUUAUUCAUCAACACCAAGAAUUGGGUUAUGUUUGUUUCUCUUCUUCUCAUUUGCUCUCAUUAUCUCUUCUGCUCGCAUCAGUCUUUCGUUUUCAGAAAAUGAAAUGACGGUGGUGCAAGAACGGUCACUGAUGGUGAGCACCAACGACUACGGUGAGCCUUCAGCUAACGUUAGACAUGAUCCACCCCGUGGCGGCAGAGGCCGCAGACGUUGAGAAAUUAUGGAUAGACAAUCUUAUAUUUUCUUAAUCUCCCCAACUCCUUUUGUGUAAGCUUGCAAAUAAUCUAUAUAUACAUAUAGACCAAUAAAUUAAAGUUGUUUUUUUUUUUCUUUAACGAGUUAUAUAUGUAAGCGACAUAAUCAGAAAUAAACUUUGUAAUAUAUAACACUUCGUUAUUCUACAUCUAUUUGAUUCA